AUGGCGGCUGGACAAUUCACGGCAUGCAUUUUACUGCUUGUUGUAUCAGUAAAAGGCUUUGUGGUUGACGAGGCGAUGACAACGCCAAAAGGCUUUGUGGUUGACGAGGUGAUGACAACACCAAAAGUCAAUUGCGUCAACACGGAUAAUUGCGAUUUUCUUAACGUGACAUACCACAUCUGCAACGACGUUCAGCUUGCCAAGGAGCAUUGCAAACUCUUUUGUCGGCUUUGUGAUGCAGUCGACGGUCAUUGGUCAGACUGGGGUCAAUGGAGCGGAUGUGACGUUUCAUGUGGAAAAGGAACUAGGUCACGUGUCAGAUCGUGUGACAAUCCCGUGCCUACACACGGUGGGGAUGACUGUGCAGGUUCCAAAGAUGAGCAUGACGUUUGCGUAUUGGAGAGUUGUCCGGUACAUGGCGGCUGGAGUGGAUGGACGGCCUGGGGAUCAUGUAGCGUCCCCUGCGGAGUCGGCCUUGAAAGACGGGACCGCAGUUGUGACAAUCCCUGGCCCUCCAAGGAUGGUAACCACUGCAACGGGGACAACAUGAACUACAGGGUGUGCGCCGAUGCUCUAUGUACAGAUGGAUGGGACAACUGGUCCGCUUGGAGCUCCUGCACUGUCACCUGUGGACAGGGACUGAAGAAUAGACACAGAGCGUGUAACGCCACAAUGGGGACUAUGUUAGGCGGAGGAUGCAUCGGCAACGACCAGGAACAGAUAGCGUGUAAUAUGACAUCUUGUGAUGUUGUUGUUCUGUUUUAUGCUCGCUCUCCUACAGACAGGUCGAUUUCUUCUAAUGAAAAAAUAAUGUAUGUGACAGUAACGACCAACAAAGGUGGUGGAUAUAAUUCAUCAAACGGCGUGUUUUCUGCUCCACACAAUGGUUUGUAUUUGUUUACAUCACAUACCUGCGUUUAUGGUUCUAAUUACGCGUAUACAGGAAUAGUAAAAGAGGGCACUGUGCUUCAGCAGUCAGCUUCAAGAAGCAUAAAUUACGAGGAGUGCAACAGUAUUCAAGCUGCAGUCGAACUUGGUGUUGGCGAAAGAGUCUGGGUUCAGGGAACUAGUACAAGUUUCUCGGUGAAAUAUAUUGCUUAUGAAAUAGAACAGUUGAUGGACACGCAUUCAAUGUCGACGGACAUUGGUCGGACUGGGGUUUAUGGAGCGGAUGUGAUGUCACAUGUGGAAAUGGAUCUCGGUCACGUGUCAGAACAUGUGACAAUCCCGCAGCUGCGCAUAGAGGAGUUGUCUGUGUCGGUUCACACAAUGAUCAAGAUGAUUGCGCAUUAG